AUGAGAAAAAUUCUUCGGCACAGGUAUUUUCUACUCGAGCAUAAAAAGAAGGCGAAAAAGAGAACAAAAGAAAUGAAUAUUGGAGAAGAGCAAGAUGCUCUCCUAGAAUCGUUGAUAAAUACAAAACCAGUGGUGCGGAGAAGUUCAGAGCCGCCAGUUUCAGUUUCGGCGCAACAAAUACAAGCGGCAUUGAAUAAGGUGGGUUGGUGUUUUUUUGGGUUUGGAAAUGAUUGAACCACGAUUUUCAGAAAUGUGAAGUUUUAAAUGUAUUUUUUGAUUAAAUACAUUAUUUAAUAUUUAGGAAUUUAGAAAUUCGUGUAGUUUUCGAGGCGCGGGCUCUAGACAAUUUCUAGAUUAGAAUUUUUUCCAGUACAUAAUUUGUAAUCUGAAAGUUGUAGAUUUGAAGUCACACAUAAAAUUAAAAUUACACCCUUCGAUGAUUUUUUUUGAGAAUUUUAUGUCUUCAUAUUAAAAUCUCGGUGUUCAAACAUUUCCCACACUUUCGUACUUUAUUCUUUUAUUAUUAUUACUUGCUCUUUUUGAAAAAAAAAAAAAUUUAAUGGUUUUUUCAAAUUGUUUUUUAAAUGUAAUGAAAAAGUCAGCUGGUUUCCGGCCAUAAAUCCAGAUUGAAUCAUCGAAUAAAAGUGUCGUAAAAUUUUGAGAUUUGAACUUUUUCUCUAGUUUCCCCACUCAAAUUGGAUUUGUUUGGUUUCAGAAAAUCUGUGGCUCUUGCCAGACUGAAAAGAGGAAAAACAACAAAAUUGUUGUUUUUGAGCCAAACUUUUUUCAAUGUUUUAUUAGAUCUCUGGGUUUUUGUUUUCAAUGGGCAAAAAAUUUUGGGGGCAGAAAAAAAAUGUAAAUUUAUUCAAAAAAAAAUGUCUGUUAUCCCACGCCCCGAAAAUUAGGUGCCAAAAACCAAUUGAAUUUUUAAUUAGAAAUUUUUCGUGCAUUUUUCAAACAUUUUUUAGCUUUUGUCGAAAAAAUUAUGUGGUUGGUUUUGGUAAGUGCUGACUUUUAGUCUUCGGGACUCCGAUAUGAAACAAAAAAUUUUUAUAUAAAUAAAUAGGAAUAUUUUUUGCAGGAGCGAAACGAAAGACGAAGAAGACGAGCAGAACAAAGAAGUUAUUCGGUGACGAGAAAAACUGUGAGCCGAUUUCGAAGCAAAUUAAUUUUAUUCGAUCCAGAGGUUUGUAUUUUCAAUAAUUAGUUGUUGUUUGAAAUUUGAAACCUGGAUGAACACUCUCUCCGGAAAUGACGAUGUUCCUUUUUAUCCUAAAUAUUUGUUGAGAGUUCCAAAAAAAGUGUUGUUUUGUUCUUUUAGAGGAAAUUUCGCCUUAAUUAUCCAUCGCCAUCCCCAUUCUUGACAAAAACAACUUUUUUCUUGAUUGAAUUUUUUGUCCACUAUAAGAAAAAUAAGAAGGAAAAGGAACUAGUACCUGACUAAAAGUGUUCCAGACAAGCACUUUUGGUUUGUGAAUUAGACUAAUUUUUUGUGUUCCUUUGACUUGCAGAAAAAGUGUUUUUCUCACAUGAUUUCUGAUUUGUCAGCUUGUGAUUAAUUUUUUUGAAUACUCGACUGGAGUUAUAAUUAUGCUCACAUAGGCUCAUUUCUAGUUUUCUAGACAUAUGAUUCAUUUUCUGGAAGUUUUUAUUUACUUUUGCAAAAACUUUUUUGUUGGACUUUUUUAUGAGAAGCAAGAUUGGAAACAUCUAGUUUAUUCGAUUUUUUUACAUUUUGAAAAUUUGGUCAGAAAUUCCCAGAAUCUAAAGAUUGAAACUUUCAACAACACAUGACUUUUGCAAUUUUGUAACUUGAUCCCUUUUUCUUCCAAAAAAAUUAGCCCUUUUAUCUUUAAGCUUUUCUUCUUCUUCUUCUUGUUCUUCUCACGUCCUUUAUACUUUCAAGUGUUUUUUUUCUCCCGCUUAUUUUCCAUGUGUUCUUUCUCGUUUUCAAACCUUGUCAAAAAAUGUUUUGUUAUCCAAAAUUGGAUUCCAUUUUUUUUCAUUCUUCGUUUUUGAUGACAACACAAAAAAGUGCGGAUUUUUCUCACUCGUUUUUUUUCAAAAAAAAAAGUUUUUAUGAGCUUUUUUUGGUUCGAAAAAAUGUCAUUUUCAUGUGGAAGAAGAAUAUAUUGAGAGAAAGAAUAGCGGAUUAUGAAUCUGUUUUCUUUGAUCAUUUUUAUUAAUUUUUUCAGGAAAUGUGCCUUUGCGGUUUGUUGAGCAUAACACAUUCGGUACAUUUAAUUGUUUGUAUUGAGGUUAGUUUCAACAUUUUUAAUUUCAAAUUUUGAAUGAAAACUGGCCAAAUAUCGUAGAUCAGUUUGUGAAAAACAUCUCCAACUAAACUAGAAAAAUUAGGAAAUAUCUUUCAGAUUUUCUUCGCAUUAGUUCUCCUUAUUCAAGCUCCUGAUCUUCUCACGAUGGAUGGAACUUAUUUUUAUUUUCUCGGACUUUUUGAUGGAACCGGUGUAUUCUUUUUCAGCUUGCAUGUCUCAGGUAACAUUUUUAUACCGUUUUUUUCGAAUCUAGGAUUUUUUCUCGAGAAAAAAAUUAUAACAUUUUUGCAAAUAAAACUUGUUAGAGCAUGUUUGCUCUUUUCUCAAAUCAUUUUUCUUUUUUCCAGUUUGCGUCACGUGUAUUAUAUCAUCUGGAAUUCUAUAUUUAGGAUCGCGUAAACAAAUCGCCUCUUUAAUCCUUCCCCAUUUAUUAUGGCAAUUUUCAUUCAUAUUGAUAUCACUUUCAGCAAUAAUCAGUGAGUUCUUGUAAAUAUGAAUCGAGAAAAAUAAGCUGACUAAAGAUGUGGGGGUAUAGCUCAGGGGUAGAGCGCUCGCUUCGCAUGUGAGAAGUCUGGGGUUCAAUUCCCCAUACCUCCAAAUUUAUUUUUUUUUUCAAAUUUCUCACCAAGUUCAAGAAUUUCAGCACUAAUGACCCUCGGACUCAAAGGUAAAAUGCUGCUACCGGCGAGCAUAGUAUUGAGCUCAAUGAUGGGUGUUGCUGGUGGAUGUGAAGUUUGGUGGUGUUUAUUAUCAUUGGCGUAUUAUAGAUUUAUUCGAGAUGGAAAAAACCAUUGGAUUGAUGAUAACUCAAGGCAUAACUUGGUUUGA